GAACGACCUAACAAAUACAAAAAGGGGCAGAUCCGCAAAAAUGGCUGUCAAAGCAAAGUUGUUGUGUUGGAUAUCAUUUUUAUGUUGCGUUUUAAUACAGCCCUUUACUAUGGCGAAUGCUCCUGCACAUUUAGAGCCAGCUAUCGAAAAAGAAGAAGAGAAACAGGUGAUACAAACGCAUAAAAUUGACAGUUCCACCAUUUUGAUGUUACUCGGGCUGCUUCUGCUCACUAUCCUGACGAUAUGGUUCUUCAAGUUUCGCCGUUUCCGAUUUGUACACGAGUCAGGACUAUCGAUGAUUUACGGAAUGAUAGUUGGGAUUAUAAUUAAAUAUGGCAGUUUUCAACCAAGCACAAAACCUCCCCAUGUGGAGAUCAUCAACACAGGGAAUAAUACGUACCCAGAUGAUCAGGCCCCAGAAUCUGUGCUGCUGUCAGUGAGGAACAAGUCGACGACUAUCAAGUACAACAUCUGGGGCGAAGUGACGGAAGAGAACAAGGCCCUGUCACAACUUGUAAUGGCUGUGACAUUUGAUCCAGAGCUAUUUUUCAAUGUUCUACUCCCAUUCAUUAUAUUUGAAGCUGGCUAUAGCAUGAAGAGGAGACAUUUCUUCAGAAAUCUAGGAUCCAUCAUGGCCUUCGCAUUCAUUGGUACAACGAUUUCCUGUGUUGUGGUGGGAGGAUUCAUGUUUGGUGUUACACGUCUGAUGAAUCUGACCUCUUUCUCGUUGAAUGAUUGUUUCUUUUUUGGAGCUAUAAUCUCAGCCACAGAUCCAGUUACUGUACUGGCCAUUUUUAGUGAUUUAAAAGUGGAUGUAGAUUUGUUUGCUUUCAUUUUUGGGGAGAGUGUGUUGAAUGAUGCUGUAGCCAUAGUUCUUUCAGGAGCUGUAGAAACUUAUGGGUCCUCGGCAUCCCAAUCUGAAUCCCAGGGUUUCAGUGUUCAUGCCUUUUUCUCGUCGCUUGGAAACUUUGUUGGAAUAUUUGCUGGGGCAUUCGCCAUUGGGUCUUUGAUUGGAUGUGCUACAGCGAUCUUGACUAAAUUCACCAAGAUCCGGGAUUUCCCUCUGCUGGAGACAGCCAUGUUUUUCCUGAUGUCCUACAUGUCUUUCCAAGCAUGUGAAGCAGCAGGACUCACAGGCAUUGUAGCGGUGCUGUUCUGUGGGAUUACACAAGCUCACUACACGUAUAAUAACCUGUCUGUGGAAUCCAAACUCAGGACGAAGCAGUUGUUUGAGCUGAUGAAUUUCCUGGCAGAAAACUUUGUGUUCCUUUACAUUGGAGUAGCUGUCUUCACAUUUCAUUCGCAGAAGUGGAACCCUCUUUUCAUAUUAGCAGCUCUCAUAUCUAUUUUCAUUGCAAGAUUUUUCAACAUUUAUCCUUUGUCAUUGUUAUUGAAUUUGGGAAGGAAAAACAAAAUCACCCGCCCAUUCAUGCAUAUGAUGAUGUUCUCGGGACUUAGAGGAGCCAUAGCUUUCGCUCUGGCCAUCCGGAACACGUCUACAGAGUCUCGCCAGCUGAUGGUGUCCGCCACCAUGAUGAUUGUGAUUAUCACUGUGAUACUAGGGGGUGGUCUCACAACCCCAAUGCUGGGAUGGCUACAGAUUAGAGUUGGGGUGGAGGAAGAGAAAGAGAUGACAAGCUUUGCUGGUCCCGCGGGGCAGGAUAAUGACAAAAAAGGAAAAUGGCAGCGACAGUACAGUACGAUGGAGAACAUGCGCGACGACGCUCAGCCACAGAUGCAAGAAGAGAGCACUUCACAUCAAGUUGUACCUUUGUUAAAGGGAAGUGGUCAGGAAUCGGAACAGAGAAAGAGAGACAAAGCCUACCUGGUGGGCAAGUGGCACAACUUUGAUGUCAGGAUACUGAAGCCGUUAUUGACCCACAGUCGUCCCACACUGAUGGAGACCCUGCCAGCGUGCUGUCUACCCAUCACCAGGUUACUGACCACGGAGGAACAGCUCCUGGAGGGUAGAUCCCACAUUGAGGAGGACUCCGACACAGACAUGAUUAUUGACCAUAGAGAGCUGUCCAUUGGGGAGGGGACCAGUAACAAUACCAGUGCUGCCUCCACCCCACAACCAGGCUUUCAGCAAGUCGAGAUUCACAAUCCAACCAAUCAGACAUUUCAACUUGAAGUAAACUUUGACUCUGGAGGAGCCCUCCAACCCAAGAACAUGUGUAUCAAUAUCCCUGGCCCCCCUGGUGACCGCGUGUGAUACUAAGGGAAAGAACCUUUGUUUGGAAUCGCUAUGCACCUAGUGGACCGCCAUCUGUGUACAUUUAGAAGAUAUAUGUUCAUAAUGUUGUGUUAUGAAUGAGUGAGAGCCAUACUAUAUGUAGAGUAAUUAACAAAAUAUCUUAAAAACCACAUACAUUUAAUGAACAAAAGCAGCUAUUGAUGUGCAAAGCGAAUUUGUUUGAAUUUGUCCAUUCCAUAUUGUUUUUGUGAUGAAUUUUCAUGCACUGCCAUUAUGCUCAGAUUGAUAGGAGGUGACUAUAAUCAAAGAAUAGAUUGAUAACCUUACAUACACAAACACACCCUCUCCAAUACCCACUCACACUAAAUACCCACCUGUGUCAUUUAAAUAUACUUGAUUGUGAUAAUCUGUGAGAUUGAGAGGCUUCAUUUAGGAUUGUGAUAAUCUAAGAGAAUGGGAUAUAAUCUGAAAGAUUGAAUAUUGUUAGUGAAGUCUGUGUACAUGCAUAAUUUUGAUUAAUCUAUUUAGUUUUGCUUAAUAUAUACAGGUUACUUUCUCUUGUGGUUACAACAAUGUAUUUAAUACACCUGGCGAUGACUCUCAGGGAUCAACUAUUUUCUGGGAGCCAUUGUUGGGAAACAUUUGAGAUUUUAUUUUUAGCUCACCUGAACUGAAGGUUAAAGUAAGCUUUUCUGAUUACCUGUUGUCCAUUGUCUGUCUGUCGGUCUUGUCUUUCUGUCUGUGCAUCUAUCUGUAAACUUUUCACAUUUAUAAUUUCCUCUAGAACCACUUGGCCAAAUUUAAUCAAAGUUGGUGUGAAUCAUCCUUAUGGGAAGGGAAUUCUAAAUUGUUUAAAUAAAGGGUAAAAUUAUUUUUCAAAGGAAGAUAGGUUCAAAACAGUGAAAACAGGUUGUAUGUCCUCAAAAAAAAUUUUCUUCUCAAGAACCAUUUCACCAGAAUCUUCAAUAUUUAAACCAAAGCUUGUGAACAUUUCAAAUAGUUAAAAUUGUGACACCCAGAUUAAUACUGGGGCCCCAAAUGGAGUUCAAAGAUUAAAUUGAAACAUAGUGAAAUGCUUUUAAAACACUUCUCAAGAACUAUAAUUUGUGAGAUUACUCAGCAAUUAUUCUCAAAUAAUGAGGAUUCUAAUUGUUAAAAUCAUGACCCCUAGACUAAUAAUGGGCCCCAAGAGGGGUUUAAAGUUUAGCAUUGAAAUAUUUGAGGAAAAUGUAUUAAAAAUGUUUUCAUGUGAGCGAUGUGGGUCAUGGGUAUUUAUUUUCAUGAUUUGGUGAGAAUGUUAGACAUUAUACAGUGCGAGUUACUUACAAGUCAGCUUAUAUUAAUUGUAGCAUUUCUGUCAAAAUAUGCCAAACUUACUUCGAUGUAUAAACCUCCAGUUUUGAUUGGUGGUAUUGUGAGUACCUUUGUUACCUGCUUUAAUUAUGUUAUAGUCCUACUAGUAUUCAUUUGGGGAUUCCUUGUAAUUUAUUCAUUGAUGGAAGGGCUGCACGAUAUGGCUGUCAGAUUAGAAUCAAUAUCAAAUGAUAUGAAUGGAAUUGUAUCAAUUUGAUUAACAUCCAUUAAUAUGUUCUAGACCAUGCAUUAUAGCACACUAGAACUUUGAUUAAUUAUGUCUGUUUUUAUUUAAGACACAGGUUUUGCUAAACACAAACCAAUUCUACAGCUGCACGUUUCUGUUAUGAAUGUUAGGAGUUUUAAAGCUGUUAUUACUGUGAAUCUCUUUUCAUAAUUCAUAAUCUUUUAGCAGUCUCCUUUUUUAUUUGUUGAUUGUUUUAUUCAAGAAAGAUCUGAGAGAAAGAAGUUUUAAUUUACAAAUACUGAAUCAAACUUGGAUGUUGAUGUUUUCUAUUGCUCAUGUCCCAUUAAAUAUUUUUUCUUCUAUAUUUGUCAAGGAUAAAAGACACAAAUGAAACACACCAUUCAUUAUGUGAUAGAUUUUUUUCUAUCCCUUUGCUUUGUAAACAAGGACAAAGUCUGGAGAUUGUUAAACUUUCAAAUAUAUUUACUCAUUGACAGGAAAAAAUACUCUCAUUCAAAUUACAAACAUCUCAGUCUAAACCUUUAAUUGAUUAGAUAAACAGGUAUUGCAAAACGACACAACAAACAAAGGGAAAUCUCUCAUUGUAUGCAAUAUCAUGAACAAUAUUUGCCGUUGUUACAAGUCGGCAAAUAUGUUUAAUAAUUAAGAUAGAAAGAUUUCUCCUCCCAACGGAGAUAUAU